UAAGAACAAAAAAAUAAUCUAAUUUUGAUAAAUUUUCACAUAAUAGAAAUCAAGAAAAAGUAUAAACCCCUCUUUUUUUCACUAUCCCUCCAAAAACCCAUAGUCCUUUGCUCGUUACACAUUUUCAUCAUUCUCAGCUCCCAAAUUUCAGAUGUCGCGAAGCUUGACUAAAUCCACGGGAUACCUGCCACGUCCCACCAGCAUCAGAUAUAAUGUAACUCUGUCCACCAAGGCUAGGACAAAUGGGAAGAAUCACCUAGUAUUUUUUUUUGUCUCUAUUGGGAUUUGGAGUAUCUGGUAAAGUUACUGCCAUAUGAUCCGGAGGUUAUGGGUUCAAGCCUUGGAAACAGCCUCUGGCAGAAAUGCAAGGUUAGUAUACCGAGCACUGGGUGCGCUUAAAAGGAAACAUGAGCACAAAACUUGAACCGGCAUCUAGCCGCAUUCAGACGGCUGCUUCAUCUGCAACAUCAUUGAGUGGCCCAAAGAUCUCUAUGUUUGCCAAUAAAACUGGAUUUAUGAUACCAAAAAACAAGUUAGCAGGUUCAUUGGUUCCGGUGUUUCGAGUUGGGAAAAAAGGAGCAAGUGAUUCUGUAAAUGAUGAUAACACUAAACAGGUGCAAAGGAAAACCAAGUGGGGCCCUGAUCUCUCACAGGAUACUACUGUCAGAAAAGCAAGAGCCUUGGCAUAUCAGAGUCGUGUGGAUCAAAUAACACAACUACUGAGUUCGAGGAGUUUGGAGGGAGAAGGCAGCAAAGACUCAUAUUCAGCCUCGCCUGCUAAAGAUCAGGAGUCUUCAGAUCAUCAACUUAAUGACGAGAGUGUGAGAUCACUGGAACUUGAAAGACGGGAAGCCAUUGGGGAGAUUCUUAAACUGAAUCCCAGUUAUAAGCCACCACCUGGUUAUAAGCCUGUACCAAAGGAGGCAAAAAUCCCGGUACCUAUCAAAGAACAUCCUGGGUACAAUUUUAUUGGUUUGAUUUUUGGCCCUGCUCAUAAGCAACUGGAAAAGGAAACUGGAGCUCAAGUUAAGGUUUAUGGUACUAAAGCAGAUACUGGAGAGAAGGUAGAAGUUGCUUCUGGUGAAAAUGUCUCGGGUAAUUAUGAGGAGAUGUAUGUUCAAGUAUCAGCCGAGACAUAUGAAAAGGUUGAUGCUGCAGUUGCUUUAAUUGAACUUCUGGUUACCCCAGUUUCAGUGACUCCAGCGGCCACAACCACAAAAGCGUCAGGUGAUGGAGAAACUAUUUCUGUUGAAGCAACAGCUGGCCCGAUGACCCCUCCUGUGGCAAAUCAAGGAAUGGCUCAACCAGAUGUUGGGACACAGCCUGCUCAGCUUCAAGGUCAUUUCCAGCCAUUCCAAGGGCAAUGGUUUCCUGGACCAACAUCUCAGAAUCCAGUACCUCCAUUUCCAGGACACGCUAUCUCUGGGAUUUCUUCAGCAUCCCUGGUCAGCAACCUCCACCAAGUAUCACCACCACCUAACCUGUCAAAUACACCCUCACCCUUUGGUCCACCACAGGGUAUGCAAGAUGGUUUUGGUUCAGUUCCUCGAAACCCUUUUGUUCACUCUAGCCCACAGGCACCACUAAUGCGGCAGCCGUACAUGCCUUCCGCUCAUUUUGGACAAAUUGGUGGACUUGGACAUCCUAUACCAGCUUUAGGGUCUACACCACCUCAAUCCAAUUUGACUCCGCCUCAAUUUUCUCAGGCCCAACCGAGCCAAACAGGGUUUCCGCAGGUUGUCAGACCAGUUAUGUCUUCAUUGCCUCAAUCUGUUCCCCCUACAGCAUACACAGACCGACCAUUGACCCCAGCUGGGAACUCCCCAGGAUGGUCACAGUCACCGUGGAACAACCAGACAGGUCAAGGUCCAAGCAACAUGAUUGGGAAUGCCCCCCCCACAGUUUCCCCUCAAGGAAGUCAUCAUCUUGCUUCACGACCAAUGGGCGUCUCUCCAGCUCCACAUAUGGAUGUUUUCCGGGGCCAAAAUUUGGCACCCCAGUUAUCUGGACCAGGUCCAUCAGCGCAUAUGGCGCCUCCAUUGGGUCCAUCUUCAGGAUCUGUCCCUGCACAUUUCUUUAACCACUCUGUGUCCAGUGGACAGCCAGUCGUUCUGAGUCUCUCACCUAAUCCAGUUCCUGGAAGUUCUCUCAACAGUAAUUCUACGAGGCCUACUUCCUUUGUAACUCCAAAACCACUUCAGCCCACUAGAGAUUUUACAUUCCAGCCUCACCAUCCUCAGAAUUCAGCCUCUUCAUCCGCUUCCAGGCUAAUUAGUCAAUUUGGAUCUCAGGACCCUUCACCUUCAAACCAAAUGAUGCGUCCUCAUCUACGACCAGCAAUAGACAAUCCAAAUCCCCCACCUGUCAUCCAAGGAUUUCAAAGACCCCAAUUAAGCAAUCAGAUUAGUCAGCCAGGGCCACCUAUGCCACUUGACUUUGCUCGAGGACCGGCUGGCCCUCUCCCUCAAUUUAGGCACCCGACAUUUUCUAAUCAGGGCAUAGCUUCACCUACUGGCCCUCAAAUGCAACCUAUGAACUUUAGGCCAGCUCUGAAUCAUGUAGGUUCUUUCCCGCCUAGAGUAAACUCUAUGCCACUUCAGCAAAAUAAUCCAACUGGCAUGCUUCGACCUCAGAACUUUGAGGCUCCCAACAGUGUCUUCUUUCGACAUGGUAGGCCUGCCUCUAGCUCCUCUGGAGCACAUCAAAUAUAUGACCCCUUCUCGCCCACAUCUGUCCCUCGGCAUCCUCAUCCUGGUGGUAAUCCAGCAAUGGCAGAAAAACAAGAGAGCGAUCCUGAAUACGAAGACUUGAUGGCCUCUGUUGGAGUUAAAUGAUUCAAACUGCCAGAGUUCCGUGUUGAUCACCCCCUCGCCCCCAUCUCCCCCAACCCCAAAGCCUUAUAGCAAAAUUUUAUGCUGUCCAUGCAUUGAUGAUAAUGCUUAAUAUGCAGUCAGAGAGACAGUAACCAAGCCUUUGAAUUCUCCUAGUAUUGCAGAAAAUGCCUUUCAUAGAUAUAUUUUACAGGGAAAGCAAUGUUUUUAGGAAAUUGCUCUCAUGUAUGAUGCUCAUAUCCUUCCUUGUUUGGUGCCAACUUGUUGAAGGCGGUGGGGGGGGGGGAGUGUUAGCUCUGUAGCAUUAUUUUGAACUAAGAGGCAUCUGUUUUACAGCCUAGCUAUGUGGAGUUAUAGUGCAUGUAUCAUUUAUCUGGGGAUUAGUGAUGCAGUGAUUGUUAUGCAGCAAGUACUUAGGAGUCGUUUGAUAGCUGGUAAAGAAAAAAGUUACUUAUGUACUAGUGAAAAAUUUGAACUCAACGAACGAUAGACUGACUUGCCUCUGUACUCUUUUCUGCUAAAAUACCAACUUUUUGUUUGUGGGUGUGAUUCAAA